AUGACGGCGCCGCUCGGCCUCCCCCCGCGCUGGCCCGACGGCCUGGCCUGCCGCUGCGAGGAAGCCCCGCGGGAGAAAAACCGCAUGGAGGGCUUGGGGCACUGCCGGGAGGUUUUGCCCCCCCCGCCGCCGCCGCCGCCGGGGCUCGCCGUGCCCCCCGCGCCGCCGCCGCCGCCGCAGGGAGCGGCGUACGCCGAGCUGGCGGCCGCCGAGCCCCCCCGGCAGUGCCCGUCGGGGGCGGCAUCCAGCGCGGCACUGGGCUACGGGUACCCCUUCGGGGGCGGCUACUACGGCUGCCGCUUGUCCCACUCGCACGGCGUCAACCUGCAGCAGAAAACCUGCGCCUACCACCCCGGGGAGAAGUACCCCGAGGCCGGCGGGCCGCUGCCCGGCGAGGAGCUGCCGUCGAGGGCCAAGGAAUUCGCUUUUUACCCCGGCUUCGCCAGCUCCUACCAGCCGGUCCCCGGUUAUUUGGACGUGUCGGUGGUCCCUGGGCUGGGCGGCCACCCGGAGCCGCGGCACGACGCUUUGCUUCCCAUGGAAGGUUACCAGCACUGGGCUCUUUCUAAUGGCUGGGACGGCCAAAUGUACUGCUCCAAAGAGCAAUCGCAGUCUGCACACCUCUGGAAAUCACCUUUCCCAGACGUGGUCCCCCUGCAACCCGAAGUCAGCAGUUAUCGGAGGGGGCGAAAGAAGAGGGUCCCUUACACCAAAAUCCAACUGAAGGAGUUGGAGAAGGAGUAUGCGGCCAGCAAAUUCAUCACCAAAGAGAAGCGGAGGAGGAUUUCGGCCACCACCAACCUGUCCGAGCGCCAAGUGACUAUCUGGUUCCAGAACCGGAGGGUCAAGGAGAAGAAGGUGGUGAGCAAAUCCAAGACAGCACACCUCCACACGACCUGACAGAGGAAGCUUUGCAGGGAGGGCGAGGAAAGGAAGCAAGAAGCGUAAAUAUUUAUCUGGUAGCUUGUAUGAUAACAUCAUCGGGACUCUGCUGAUUCGAAUUCAUUAUUUAAAAAUCGACAUUAAAAAAUGCACACACACGCCCCAAAACACUGGCCGCAUCUUUGAUUUAUCCCUCUGUCCCGCUCUGACUGUGAAUACCCAUUUUUUGCUCUGAGAAAUCCAUCGAUAAGGUUAAACUGUGUAUAUUUUUAAAAAAUAUAAGCUAAAAGUGUAGCUAUGUUAAAGGAGAUACGAACUCUGAAUGUCGCCCUGUACCACUGUAUAGUCUGAUCCCCUCGCCAGUGACCGGUCUUUCAUAUCUCGGGCCAUUUCACCCACCGAUGUAAAAUGUAUGGAGAACCUAUGGCAAAGUUGCAUCAGCUUCGUUUUUUUCUCGGCAAUAGGGACCGAAAAUAAGAGAUAAGGCUGCUACUGCGGGAAGAGAACCAUUGCUCGGUAUCACGUAACAAUCCCAAACGCUGAUUUAGGUCCUACAUGGAAGUGAGUUGCUGUACAAUACUAUUUUCGGUAUGUUCUCUUGAGGGUUUCUGUAUCUCUGCCAUAAAACUGGAAUGCCUGUUCUCCGCUGACAAGAUGGAAAAUGCACAAUAUUGUCUUUGGGGUUUGUUUCUUUCCCUCUCUAAACCGACUAACUAUCGACAGUGUUCUUUGGAUAUGUAAAAGCAUCACUUUUUUUUUUAUGUCUUGUAUAUGUAUAUAAUAUUGUGGUGUCGAGAUGAUAUGUACCGACUGCAGAUGACAUUUCUUAAAAAUAAAUAUCUUUUUUUGUUUUUGUUUUGCCUUGAGGAGAGGCUCUCCGCCACCUCGUUGUGCACCUCUUUGUAGCCCCUCUCCCACCCCUCCUUCCAGCCGCCGCAGGCGCAGCCCCGACACGAACCUCCGCGGAGAAGCGAUGAGAAAAAGGGGGCAAGCCGGCAAAUUUGGGCAGAAAGCGCUUCAUCAGGGGCUCCCCGAAAACGGGAGGAGGAUGCGAGGGGCAGAUGCGUGUCCCCAAAGCGGGCUGUCCCCAGGGGGAGUAAAAAAAUUGAGCAAAUAAA